AUGAGUUCUCAUUAACAAAGAUCUUAUCGUUACGAAUCAGAAAAAUCAACUCUUGGAUAUGCUUAGAUAUAUAAUCAAAAGAAGUCUAUUUUAGAUAAUUUGAAUUAAAGAAAAACAUUGUAAUUUGUGCAUAAUAAUUUUGAUACAUUUUAGAUAAUCGAACGUGCUCCCUAUCAUAUGUUCAGUAUGAUUAAACAAUCAGCUUAGAAUAUAAAGUAAAAUUAAGACGGUUUAGUUGGUUAUGGUGGUUUUGGAUAAGUCUUUUUUGCUGAACACAUAAUUGGAAUGGCUUGUGUUGUAAAAAUUUAAAAAAUAGAUGAUUUAGGAGAGUUUUUACAACAAUUAAAUGAAUAUAAAAUUUAACAGAACUUAAACAAAUUAUUUCCUUAAAAUUUUGUUGAAUUGAUCGACAAAGUCACUAUUUUAUAAGAAAAUAUUAGUAGUUUUUGUUCGUAUGCUGGUUUAGAAAUUGCAUUAACAACUUUAGAAGAAUAUUCGCUUUCAGUUAAAAUAGAUUAUGAAGAAUUUCGCAGUAUUUAUCAUUAAAUUUUGAAAUCUAUAUUAAUCAUGCAUUCUUUAAAGAUAGCACAUAGAGAUAUUAAACCUUCAAAUAUUCUUUAUAUGCAUAACAAAGGGUGGGUCAUAGGAGAUUUUGGUUGUGCACUUAAAUAUGCCAAUUAAAAAGGAGUUUUUAAAAUCGAAGGAACUACAUAAUUUUUACCUAAAAUGCUUAGAGGAUUAUUAAAAGGUUACAAAUCAAGCCAAUCAUAUAUGAAUCUUUUCGAAAAUGACAUUUAUGCUUUCCUUUUAACUAUGUUAAAAAUAUACUUAUAAGAUCAUUCUAUAUAUUAAUUAUAAAACAUUUUGGAUGAUUAAAGUUCUAUUUAAAAACUUCCUAUCGAAUUUCAGAUUCUUUCAAAGAAUAUAUCUCAAAUUAAUUUUUUUUUAGAAUAAGGUAUUCAUAAAAUAACUUUAUAAAAGAAAUUUUAUGAAGAAAAAUAUAACUCUAUUAGAAAUACAUUAUUAUAAAUUAAAAAGAAAAGUGAAAAUAUUAUUCCUUUUCUCUUUAAUUUAUUUUAUUUUCAUAGAAGAACUGCAUCAGCAGAAUAUUAAGAAUUCAUAAAAAUAGAAGCAAAAAAUAAUAAAAACUUGAAGAUUUAUAUUGAAAUAUUGUAGCCUUAUUUUCGUAAAAUAGAAAGUACUGGAUUACCUCAACUUACAUCAUCAAUAACCUUUGAAUAAUAUCAAAUAAUUUCUUAAUAUUGGGUUAGGUUAGGUAAUAUAAAUAAAUCAUUAUAAUUAUGUCGAUAAUAUUUAUAAUUUUCUGUUGAAAACUAAUUUAAGCUAAAAAUCUAUGAAAUAUCAAUACUUUUGUUUUAAGAAGAUUAUCAUGAAGUUGAUUAGUUAAUUUCUAAAUUAGAAGAUGAUGAAUAAAACAUGGAUGAUAUUACAUUCAUCUAACUUUAAAUUAUAAAAGCUAUUAGGGGUAAAUAAUGGUUGGAAGUAGCAGAUUAAUUUGAAAUUUGGGUUAAUGACAACUUAAUUUAUGCAGAUUACAAAGAGAACUGGUUUUUUCUUAUUCAUGGUAAUUUCUCAUGGAUUUACUUAAGCUCAAUAGUUAAACAUUAUUAUACACCAAAAAAUUAAAAAACAAAAGAAAUGGUUAAUGAUGAAAACUUAAAAUUUUCUUUAUCCUCAUCAAAUCUACCAAGAUGGGUUGAACUUUGUAGUUGGAAAGGAUUAGAUUAUUUUAAUAGUCUUUAAGAUAUGAUUAAAUAAUUAGAAUUUAGAGGAGCUGACAGUUAUGGUAUUAAAUAUUUUAUUUAGUAAUUGAUCAAACGAAUUGAUUUGAGUGAUGAUAAGCAGAAAAUAAUAAACUUAUUUGAAGUAGCAAUAAUUUAUUAUUAACAUAAUUUUCCAAAUUCACAUUAUUUAUGGGAACUUUAUUUUCAUUAUUCUUAAUACUGUUUUUCUAUUAAAGAAUUUUAAAAAUCUCUUGAACUUUCUUUUAUUGCUCUUAAGCUUGUUGAUCUUGAUGAUAAAUAUUUUUAUAUUUAGAUAGAAUUGACAAUAAUCGGAAUUUUAACAAAAUAAAAUAAAUUCGAAGAAUCUCAAGAACGAAUAACUAAAUUCUGGCCAAUUAUAUCUGAAAUCAAUUCAAAAAAAUCGAGAUCUAUUUUACUUUAAAAACUUCACUCAAUUUUUACAAUUUUUUUUUAAAAUAAGUAAAUUCAAUGUUUAGAACUAAUUUACAAUGAUUUAUUUAAAUUUUAAGAAUUGGAAUAGGAUAAUUCAAUAAUCCUUUAGUGCUUAAGAUAUAUUGCUGAUUUGGCAUUCUUUACUCAAAAUACAAAAUAAAUGAUUAAGAUAUUUUAAUCUUGGAUACCGUAUUGUUAAGAGACUUAAGAUUUUGAUCAAUAUCUCUUUCAAUUAUUUCACAAAUAUGUUUAUGUUUAAAAGAUGUUAAAGAAGACUGAUUCUUAAAAUUAGUAGUAUCUUUACGAAUUAGGAAAAUAUAUUUAAAAUUUAAUUGUUUAUGAUGAAAUAAUAGGAUUAAAAGAACCAGAAUAAUUUAAUAUUUAAAGUUUUUAAUGGUAAUUUCUAGAAGGAGCUGAAUGUUUUCAAUAAUAAGAAUAGUUCAAAUAAAUGGCCAUGUAAUAGUAAAAUUAUAUCAAUUUGAACCAAUAUCAAGAUGUAAAUUAAGUUUAGAAUUUACAAAAUAUUGAAAUAAAUUAUAAAUGA